GUUAAAGCUCAGAUUAUUAUCAUUGUGGAUAGUUAGAGAGAGAAAGUGAAAGCUAGAGAGAGAGAGAGAAAGAGAGAGAGAGUUUUGGGUUGGAGUUAGGUGGUGGCCGGUGGAGGCGCGUGGCUCAAGUUUCGCCAUUUUCUUCUUCUUAUUCUUCUGUAAGAAGCUAAAGCACUGAGUAGCAAUGGAGGUGUGUGGCAAAUCUAUGGUAUCAUCAGGGCCUGCUAAUGUGAUUUACCUGUCGACUAUUCUGGGCCGAGAUGGGUUGAUUCCUGUUCACAAAUGCGAUUGGAAGUGUGAAAAUGAACAUGUUUGUGGAAACAUGUAUCGUUGCAAACUAACUGGACUUACUCACAUCUGUGACAAAAACUGUAACCAAAGAAUUUUGUAUGAUAACCAUAGUUCACUUUGCAGAGCGAGUCGUCAAAUAUUUCAGCUUACAGCUGUAGAGGAGCAGGCUGUGAGAGGUAUUCGAAGGAAGGUUGAUGCUGAUAACACCACCUCCACAACUGAUAGUUGCUCUUUCAAGCGCAGACGACGGGAUGCACAGUUCCAGCCUUCUCCUUUCGAGAGAUCCUUCACCGCUGUCAGUCCAAUCUGCAGUCAAGUUGGAGAUGGCAUGGAUAUGAGCUAGAGAUAUAUACAUAAAUGCGAAGAUGUUAUAUUACUUACUUAUCUUAAUCUUGUUUCUUUAUAAUUUUCCCUUUUUUUUUUCUCUUUUCUUGGAACAAAUCUGGAUGAUAGAACUUUAUGUGAGAUACUUAAAUGGUGGACCUGAUGUGUCCUGCCCCGUAUGUAGGGACAAUCUAUAUUUCUAGUCUUCUUUAAUGCAAUUUAGAUCUUCCAUUAGUUGUCUCCUUGAAAUGCGAUAUGAAUUCGAGUAAUGUUCAUUUGCUUGUGAGACUUGAAUUAAAUUCAGUUCUCCUAAAUUUGACAGAAAUCUGGGAUAUUCAUUAGCUUGCACUUUUUGUGUUAUGUUUAGUACAUUUGUGGGGCUAAGAAAGAAUAGUUAUUUUCUUGUACUUGAUUUGAAUUUGUUUUGGCUCUGGUUCUGUAAUAUGGCAAUAAUUUAUUUUAUUUUAUUGUAUUUAUAGAACUACUCCUGUUAUAGGCUUUGUUUGAAUUUACCUAGUAGAAGUGUAGAUCGAAUGUAUCCUAGUUUCACCUUGCCCGGUUUGGAACAGGUUGAAGAUGAAUAACCAGGCCUUCAUUCCACAGGAGUUUUUAUAUUUUAUAUAUAUAUAAUAUUUGUCUUUCUUGGCUUUUUUGUUCUGAUUCUGAUGAAUUGAUUUCUUAAGUGAAUCUCUAUUUUGCAGGACUUCAAGCUUGUGCUGUUAUGAAGAUUUUAGAUUUCUGUUCUCUCCUAACAUAACAUAUAUCUCUUGUUUAAUUAGCCAUUAUCGGAUUUGGUUUCUAAUAUACAAUUGGUUUCUUCUUUUUUUGAUGUAGGUGAUCAAAGUUUUCUGCAAAUUGCAAGCUAAAGCAAAUUUCUCAUCGCGAUGACCACUAGCACUAGCACAUAUGAGCAGAUCAGAAAGCUUAGUUUGGAAUUCUUCUACAAGUUACCAACACAGAUCGCAAAAUCUCAUCGUGAAUCAUAACAAAACAAGUUGCAACAAUUUUCUUACUGGCAACCUUGUGAAGCUAGCUGCAUGGUACUUAUUUAAUCAGGCUGUGAUUUGUCUCUCUUCUGGUGUGGACAUAGUUCCAUUGGGCCAACAAUUACUUGCAGACCUUGAACAACUUGUAAUUACGGUCGGUUUGGCAUCAUCAGGAAAAUCCAUACAACCUCGGCCCCUAAAAAUUAUACCAAAACAAUUUUGUUCCAGUCUUUGUUUAGGGUCAGCUUUUAUUUUGUUGUUUUUGUUUUUGUUUUUGCAGGUUUAUUUGUAUGUGUAGUAUUGUAGAUUACGCCAAUUAUUGUGAAAGAGAAUUUGAACUUCUGUGAUUGGUUUUUUUGGCCCUAUUGAUGUUAUCUUUUAUACUUUUGUAGUUUAUGAGAAUCUGUAUGCAUCACGCUUAUUAAGAAUUUUUUUGAAAAAAAAAAAAAGCACACAUGAUGAAAAUGAUUGGAUAUUUCUAAUCUCUUAAAAGGAGUCCACCAAUACAUUUGAUUUGGUAUUCGAGAGAAUUUUUUAGUUUAAUUUUUUAUAUGAUUGUUUAUAGUUAUUUAAGAUAUCUAGCAAAAUUUUGAGAGAUUUGAAAAAAUUUAACAUGUUGAAAACAGUGUUCGAAUAAAGAGUGGUCAUAGAAUUGUUUUGUGUCCACCAAGUAAAAAAUUAAAUUUAAAAAGAAAGGCAGGUUCUUUGUGUAGUACAUAGGGAUCUUAAACGUGAAUUGAUUAUAUGGUCCAUAUGAAAUGAAUAACAAUGUAAAUAUAUAUUGGAAAGUGAAUUGUUCUUGUAGGUCUACAAAAGAAUAUAACUUCUCUUUUUGUUGAGAAAAAGAAUAUAUGUCUAUAAAUAAACUUAGGAAUAAUCCUAGAUGGGUCACCCUUUUCAAUGGAAAUUCUCUUCAUUAAGCCUUGUUGUUACUUAUUAUUAGCCUUUCAAUAUGAAAAACUUGCUUCUAUCAUUUGAGUGAGGAGAUUAUAGCUUUCACUAUGUGUAUUGUGUCCCCUGCAAAAUUCCAAAUAAGAAAGGAAUUGCUUCUUAAUGAGGCCAACUCUAUCAAAACAUAAAAGAAAUACUAAACCCAAAAAGAAAAAAUUACCUAACUGCAGGGAUUUGUAUAUGCAUAAUUGUAUAUAUAGGGACUUUGGUUGUUCUUAUUACUUCCCUCCUUUUCUACUUCAAUUUAGAAAGCUAAAAAAAAAGGACUUGAAGAAAACAUGUAUAUAGCAAAAGUUGAAGCUUUCCUUUGUGUCUUUUUCACUUUUAUUUCAUCCUACUAUAGCACUUUUACUAUUAUAAACAAUUGUCCUUUUACAAUAUGGCCUGGUACAUUAGCUGGUUCAGGUACACCCCAAUUGCUAACAACCGGUUUUCGACUUGACUCUGGCCAAACCAUUAGAAUUCCUUCAAUUCCCGGAUGGUCAGGGAGAAUAUGGGGAAGAACUGGCUGCACAUUUGAUGCAACAGGAGCUGGAAAAUGCCAAACCGGUGAUUGUGGUGGCACGCUUGAAUGUGAAGGCAGAGGUGCAAAUCCACCUACAUCUCUCUUUGAGAUAACACUUGGUCAUGGCGAUGAUAAAGAUUUCUAUGAUGUUAGCAUUGUCGACGGCUACAAUCUUCCCAUUGUUGCCUCUCCAGUGGGAGCUUUCGGUGUCUGUAAUGCCACUGGAUGCGCUUCUGAUAUCAAUACUGGUUGUCCGAAAGAGCUUCAAGUGGUUGGAGGAGAAGGUGGAGAUGGUGGGAGUGGUGUGAUAGGAUGUAAGAGUGCAUGUGAAGCUUUUGGAUUGGACAAGUAUUGCUGCAGUGGUCAGUUUGCUAAUCCAACCACAUGUAAGCCUUCUUUCUAUUCAACCAUAUUCAAAAACGCUUGCCCAAGAGCCUAUAGCUAUGCUUUUGAUGAUGGCACCAGUACUUUUACUUGCAAAGCUUAUGAGUACUCCAUUCUCUUCUGUCCUAAAGAUAAUGGGGUGAGAAAACCAAGCAAUGGAUUGACACCUCCAACAACACCAGGAGGUGAAUUUGCACCACCAUCGAUACCAAAUAGCGGUUUGGCACCACCAACGAUACCAGAUACCGAUUUGGCACAACCACCACCAGCCACACCAAUAGGUGGACUGGCACCACCAACCAUACCGGUGCAAGAGCCAUCAAUACCAGGGAGUGAGCUUGCACCACCACCGCCAGCCAUACCAGUAGGUGGAUUGGCACCACCAAUCAUACCAGUUCAAGAGCCAUCAAUACCGAUACAACAGCCAUCGAUGCCAGUAUAUGGCCACAGCGAUCAAGCAGCAGUACGGAUGGUCUCUUCUUCUAACACACUCUUGCCACUUCCAACCCUGCUGCCAAUCGUUCUUCUGAUCCUCAAGCUAAUCUCAUGAACACUUCUAACUGCUCUGAAGUCUUGAGUCCUCGAGAGCUACUAAAGCAAUGAGCCAAGAGGAAGAACUUUGUUCUAAAAUCUAAUUUGAAGAGAUGCAUGCAGAUCAUAGCUCAUUAGAUCCCAUCAAUUGGCUUUUGUUAUGUUCUCAAAAUGUACAUUGUGAUAUUGUUACCAAAUAUAAAUCUUACAAAGGAAAAGUAGCCAAAUAUUUCUACAACUA